UUGAAAUAAAUAUAGAACUGUCUACAGUCCAGCCUCUGGGGAGGGGUGGGCCCAACGCCGGCAAAUGUGAAUUUUGAACAAGUUUUAGGACCAAUUGUCUGCACAACAACUAUAUAACCAUCGAUGAUUUCAAUACUCCAUAUUCGCUUCAACUAAAGAGAGAGAGAGAGAGUCAACUGUUCUCUCUCUAGUAUAGUAAACUCUUCUCUUGUGUGACGGAAUAAUGGCGUCAGAUCCGAAAGUUUACUUGUUUGAGGAAGUUGAGAAGCAUAAUAAGGCAAAGGAUUGUUGGAUCGUUAUCAGUGGAAAGGUUUAUGAUGUGACUCCAUUCAUGGACGAUCAUCCUGGAGGUGAUGAUGUUUUACUAGCAACAACAGGAAAGGAUGCAACCGGUGACUUCGAGGAUACCGGGCACAGCGACUCUGCUCGCGAAAUGAGGGACAAGUAUUACAUCGGGGAGAUAGAUCCGGCAACAGUUCCCUUGAAGCGCAUCUACAACCCUCCGCCACGUGAUGGUUCCACUUCCAACGCCACGAAGGCCUCGGAUUUUAUGAUGAAGAACUUGCAGGUCCUGGUGCCUCUCUUCAUUUUGGGGUCGGCCUUUGCUGUCCUGCAGUACACCAAAGUCAUAUAGGCUCCUUAGUUUGCAACUUCUCUGUCAGUUGAAUAUUUUUGAGCUAUGUUGAAUCGGAUGUGUUGAUUUAUAAGUAAUAAGUUUCCCCCUCUCAAAAACAUAAAUAAAUAAGUAAUAAGUUUCU